UCUAUGACGCUGAUGUAAUGCUUUAUUUUGGAAACAAUUUAACCUCCAAACAGAUUAAAGCUUACAUGUUGAAAAACUUACAAAUGUAUUAAAGACAUCAGUUAACACACAUCGCAAAAAAAAAUCCCCGGAAAAUGUGUUACUGACAUAUGAUGCAUAAUUACUAUAUUGCGUGACAUUAUUCUGAUGAUUAUUAACAGUAACUGAAAUAUGAAAAGUAUAUAUAUUGUUCAGUAAAACAAAGAAGGGUAAUAUUCAAGACACUGUUUUUUUAGAGAAGCGUACCUAUCACCACAGUAAAGCAAUCUGAUAUCUGAUCCGUUCUUCGUGUUUAAAGAAAGCAAAGAAAUAUAAUUACAAGCAAAAGAGUGCAGUUUAAGAGGAUUAACAGGCGACAGUUUAAAGAUUUUUGAAGAUAAACCGUAAAUAAUAUAUUAAUCUGAUUUUACGCGACAUUUUUAAAAAUGCAGUUGAUCGCCACCUGUUCAUUUAUAUGGCUGCUCCUAGACCUGCUUGUUGUCCUUGGUAAUAGUAACAACGCACUAACAACGUCAUUGAUUCGGAACCAACUCAGUUUGCUGGAGAAACCAAACAACAAGUUGGAUAAUGUCUCUAAAUGUGGAUGUCCCUCGAAAAGCCAGAUUGUUUUCCAUGCUGAAAUGGGUUCUGAUAAAACCUAUAAUAAAGGUUCCAUAUGGGUGUAUGACAAAAUGGUCACCAAUAUUGGAAAUGCCUACAAUCCUAGUACAGGGAAAUUCAGUGCACCUACAACUGGUAUCUACCAGUUCAAUUGGUAUACUUUGUGUAAUCCUGGAUCAAUGGCACAUGCGGGGUUGUUUGUAAAUGGAAAAUUCACAGCAAACCAAGUUUACAAUAACGGGGGUGGUAUCAGACUAUGGAUUACAGCGGGUAGCAGCAUUGCCCUUUCACUGAAAAAAGGAGAUGAAGUUUACAUAAUGGAUGUCCAUGGAGGAACUGCUCCGACACUACGAAGUUACUUUACGGCUUUUGGUGGCGUACGGAUAAAUUAA